UUUUCAGUCAACAACAGACCUUUGCAGCGAACGAUCAUGUUCGAAAAGCUCUGCAGCAAACACACGUAGUACGUAAAAAACAAAAGAAACAAUAAGAAAAGGGUAACACGAAAAAGCGCGUGGACAGAAUCGCGGGUGUUGCCGUCGCCGUCGUUUGUAAUUAAUUAGCACAGACGCCAACUGCGCUGUCAGCGUGCGUGAGCGAGACAGCAGCACAUUUAAUCACAGUCGUCACACACUCACUUUGGGGGAGGAGGAGAAACAAAACAUACGCACAGUACAACAAUACACACAAACAAAAAAAAAGAAGGAAAGAAAGCAAGCAAGCAGCAAAGUAAUCAACACGCUGCGCUGUCGACGUCGCGUUAUUUUGGUGGGGGGCGCCAAACACAAACACUACAACAACAACUGCGCAUUGCGUUGCGCCGUCGCUUAACGCAAUCGAAUCAGAAAUUGCCGUCGCCAAACGCGCGCUUCGUGUUAACGAACGUCGUCGUCGUCGUCGUCGUUGUUGUCGUUGUCGUCAUCGUGUUCGUCACAUCGUCGUUGUCAGCGUCGUGUUUCAAGUCCAACUCUCGUCAAAAAGCAACAGCAAAGCGACAACAACAACAGCAAGAAGAAGAAGAAGAACAGCAGCCGCCAACGCAGCUUCCAGGCUCCCCAAAACGAAACGAAACGUAACGAAACGAAACGUGCGCGUCGCUGCCACCGCGCUUUGAACUUCAUUUUUUUGGUAUCAAUCAGCAAAGCAAAGCUAAAGCAGCGCAGCAGCAGCAACAGCAGCAGAACAAACGCAACGCACAACGCAACGGCGCAUUGUUGUUGUUUGUGUCUGAUUCUUGACUGAAUCAGUUUGACAGCCGACGCGACGCGACGCAGCAGAGACAGAAGAAGAAGAAGAAGCGCUCGCACACACACACACAUUGUUGAAGAGGAAGAAGCAGCAGCAGCGACGCAGCCAGUGACGACACGGCAACGCCGACACAUUCAUUCGCUGUUCGACUCUCAAACGAGUAACGACGGAAUCCGGAUGAACCGCAACCAAAACACACACACAACAACAAAACAAAAAGAAACAGAAAAAAGAGCAGCAGCAACAACAACAACACUCACUCGUACACACACAUACAUGCAAAGGCAAAAGCGAGCGACGCGUGUUCUGAAUAUACAACAAGAAAAACAACAGCGGCAAAAGAAAUUCAAUUAAGUGUGAUACAAAAAAAUAAAAAAUAUUAAAACAAAUAAAAUGCAUAAAAUUAUGCAAAAAUUAAGAAAUUAAUUUAUUAUGUUUUAUGCAGCAUAUCUAGUCAAAGAAAAAACACAAAAAGAAGCUGAGAAAUUAACAAUGAAAAUUACACGUGAAAUGUUUAAUUAAGACUGAAAACAACAACAACAAAAUAAACAAGCAAAACUUGAAACUACAAAACAACAAACAACAACAAAUGGUUCAACAAAAGUAUACGUAAAACAAACAACAAAUAAAUAUAUUUAUUAAAAAUACAAAUACGAAAAAUACAAAUAUUUAUAUUUAACAAUAUUUUGCUCACCAAAUACAAAAUACAAAAAACAAAAACUUAAAUAAAGUUACUUAAAACAAAACAAACACAAAAAAUUCAAACGAAGUAUACGAUUCAAAUGCAAUUAUUAAAUUAAACAUAAAUACAAAUUACACUUAAAUUACCUACAAAAUAUUAAACAUAAAAAAUUUUCUGUCUGCCAUAUGAAUAAAGCAAAAACAAAAAACAAAAACCAUAUUAUACAAAAUAUAUACGAAACUAUAAAUAUUAAAUAAUAUAAUUAACAAAGUAAAAAUUACACUAUUUAACACACAAGUUAUACGCAGCUCAAACGCUAAAAAUUCAACGUACCAAGUGCAAAACAAAAAAAAAACAGAAGAGAAAAGAAAUCAUUAUUACAAAUUAUAUGAAUUGUGUCAAAUUAAAAUUAAGUUCAAUUUACACAGUGUGAAAACUCCACCCACAAUUUACACAAAUUUAAAAACCAAUUUUCAUCUUUAAAAUAAACCCGACAAAAUUCAGCAAAAUCUGAAAAUGUUGCACGAGGCGCUGAUGCUCGAGAUCUACAGACAGGCGCUAAAUGCCGGCGCCCUGCCCACAGCACGUCCCCGCUCCACGGAAUCGGCCAACUCGAGCGAGCGUUGCCCCUCCCACGACUCCAAUUCCUCGGACAAUGGCGCCCAACGUGAGGCGGCGAAUCUGUCCGGCGCCAACGUUGGCGGCGUCGGCGGCGGCGUUGCGCUGCCCUCCACCUCAGCCCUGCAUCAACACUCCAGCACAUUCCCGGCUGUGCCGCAAACGCUGCCCGCCCAACCCUCCUCCAUGGAGGCUUACCUGCACAUGGUCGCCGCCGCGGCACAACAAUAUGGCUUUCCAUUGGCAGCGGCAGCUGCUGCCGGACCCCGCCUACCGUUGCCGCUGCCCAGCGAAGCGGCGGCGCCGUUCAAGCUGCCGCCUCAAGCAUCGCCCACCGCCUCGUCGAGCAGCCACUCGGAGGCACUCGAUUUUCGCACUAAUCUCUAUGCGCGAGCGGAAUCUGCAGAGCCCGUGGCUUCCGAAGAAGAGGAAGAGUUCGAUGAUGGAGCCAACAAUCCGCUUGAUUUGUCGGUGGGCACACGGAAGCGCAGUCACGACAGCAGCGAGUCGAACUCGAAUUCGAACAUUGGCCAAAUACAGGUGAAGAAAAUGUUUAAAUCCGACAGUCCGCCGGCAAAUCCUGCGGCCACAAAUCCCUUGCUGCCUGGUGUGAAUCCUUAUUUGGCCGCAGUGGCAGCGGCGAAUAUUUUCCGUGCUGGGCAAUUUCCCGAUUGGAAUGGCAAGAAUGAUUUGGUUGUCGAUCCGUUGGAGAAGAUGUCGGAUAUAGUCAAGGGCAAGGAAAAGUCCGGAGGUCAAAAGACAACCCAACAAGCAGCUGCAGCGCCGCCAGCGAAAAGUCCAGCGAGCCAAAGUCAAAAUAAUAGUAAUAAUAACAAUAGUAGUAAUAAUAAUAACGAAUCCGGUGCGACGGCAACGACGCCAACUUCGGGUGGCAGUGUGACCAAAGCACGUCACAACAUUUGGCAAUCGCAUUGGCAGAACAAAGGUGUGGCCAGCUCCGUGUUUCGUUGCGUGUGGUGCAAGCAGAGCUUCCCCACCCUCGAGGCCCUCACCACGCACAUGAAGGACAGCAAACAUUGCGGUGUCAAUGUGCCGCCCUUUGGCAACUUGCCGAGCAACCAACAGCAGCAACAACAUCACCAGCAGCAGCAACAGCAGCAACAUCAUCAGCAGCAACAUCAGUCACAUCAGCAGCCACCGCAUCAUCAUCAACAGCAGCAGCAACAGCGCAAAUCGCAGGGAAAUUCCCCCUCGGCGAAUGUGAAAAACGCUUUUCAAUACCGCGGCGAUCCUCCGACGCCGUUGCCCCGAAAAUUGGUGCGCGGUCAAAACGUUUGGUUGGGCAAAGGCGUGGAGCAAGCGAUGCAGAUCUUGAAGUGCAUGAGGUGCGGGGAAAGUUUCCGAUCGUUGGGCGAAAUGACCAAACACAUGCAGGAGACACAGCAUUACACAAACAUCCUGUCCCAGGAGCAAAGCAUCAACAUCAAGUCCGGAGGAGCUUCGAGUGCCAACGAACACGGCAAGGACAGCACUCAGAACAGUCUGAGUUCCGAGGAGAGUCGCACUUUAUCUGCGGUGCUCACGUGCAAAGUGUGCGACAAGGCCUUCAGCUCUCUCGGUGAUCUCAGUAAUCACAUGGCCAAAAAUAAUCAUUACGCCGAGCCAUUGUUGCAAUCCGCAGGCGCUAGAAAGCGACCAGCGCCCAAGAAGCGAGAGAAAUCUCUUCCAGUUAGGAAGUUGUUGGAGUUGAAAGCAAACCCUGAGGAACCUUUGCUCGAGAAAGCAGCCGCAGUGGGCAAAUCAGAAAAGUCAGAGGCAGCUUUAUUUGCCGAGCGCAUGAGGCAAUACAUAACGGGUGUGAAAUCCCCCGAGGAAAUUGCCAAAGCCGCGCAGUUGUUGGCGAAGAAUAAAAGUCCCGAACUGGAGAAGAAUGGAGCUACAACCGUGGCGGGAAAAGCAAAUGCAGCGGGUGGAAGCAGCUCGGUGUUGAGUGCCAUUGAGCAAAUGUUUACCACCAGCUUUGACACGCCCCCGCGUCAUGCCAGUCUCCCCGCAAGCAGUCCCUCGAAUUCCAGCACGAAGAACACUUCCCCCGUGGCCAGCAGCAUUCUGAAGCGUCUCGGCAUCGAUGAGACCGUGGACUACAAUAAACCCCUGAUUGACACAAAUGAUCCGUAUUAUCAGCAUUAUCGCUACACGAGCAGCGAGCGCAGCGGCAGCGAAUGCAGCGCCGAGGCGCGUCCCCGCUUAGAGGCGCCCACUCCCGAGAAGCAGCAACCAGCUGUGGCAGCAGCAACCAGUUCAGCAACAGCAGCAGCCACAACUGAAACUCCCAUUAAGCAAGAACUAAACGAAGCGGACAUCAAGUCAGAGCUCAGCGAUGAGCCGCAGGAUAACAACAUGGAUGCAACGCCGGCGAAAACGGAACCUGAGCAGCCGCUGCUCAAUGGCAGCUACAACAAUAACAACAACAACAACACGAAUAACAACAAUAAUGCUUCAGCCAAAUCGUCGCCAGCGCCUCGAAGUCCAGCGGACAGUCAACGCUCGGCCACGCCCAAGAGUCCAGCUUCGAGUCACGGCAGCAGCCAAGAGCUAAAGAAAUCGGGAUCGGGAUCAGGAGCAGGAACUUAUCCCAGCGACUCGUUGAAUGCUUUGUCUUCCAUGUUUGAUUCCCUGGGCAGCAGCAGCGGCAACUCAGGUGCAAAUACGAGGGCUAAACUUGCUGCUGCUGCUGCAGCUGCCGCAGUUGGUGGCGCCACAACGGUUGCGGACGCUGCGGCACCGGAAAAUCUAAGCGCCAGCAGCAAUUCGUUGGCGGCGUUGCGUCAGUUUUGCGUCAAGAAAGAGAGAAGACGGCCUAAAGAGAGAAGGAGACGCUGCCGCUGCGCUUAAAAUGCAAAAUGUGGGGCGCAAAUGCCACAGAAUUUGCCACCGAAUCUAAUUUUUCGUUCGUUCGUCGAAACACACAAAAAAAUACGAUUUUUUGUCAACCUUUUUGUUUGCCACACACGCCGCCGCCGUCGUCGUCGCCGUCGCCUUUCUCUUCACAAACAAAAGGCGCCAACUCAGCUCAGCUCAUCAUCAAGUCAGAGCGUUAAUGUUUUGAUAGACGAGACGCUGAGACAGACCGACAGACAGACAUCCGCUGCAGCUCCAUCUUCAGCUCAGUUUCGGAUUGAUCGUCGCCAAUCCGUUCGGCAUUAUUGUGCGCCACGCCCACCUUCAGCCAGAGCAAAUGGGCCGACUUUUUCAAGGAUUCUCAGCUGCGCCGCAAUAGACAUCCUUGAAAGACUUUGGCUACGCUGCGCUGAAUAUUUGGCUUUGCAAUCUGUAACGUUUUCUUUUUGGGGUCCUUUGCCCAAGUAACCAACAUGAACAUAUUAAAAAAAAAAAACAUUGUAAACUAAAGACAAAUUGAAAAUAGCUAAAAAAAAAAAAAAAACUAAAAAAGUUAAAACAAAGUAUGAAAAAAAUACAAUUGGAAGCAAAAGCCCUUCUCAGGGCUGCCAAA